AGGAGUCCCAUCAAGGUCUGACUUGAGUCUCUCCCGCUGCGAGCGACGGCGAUGCCUCCUCGACACCAUUCAUUCUCCAGGCAGGCGCGCAGGACGAACGCACAGCCACGCACCGCCGCCCCGGACAACUCCCCGCAGCCGAGCCGAGCCUGACGAUGACGGAGGAAAGCCGAGGCAAGCGGAGGAAACAGGCAAACCCCAGGAGAAACCGAGUGGAUGCUGAGCAAGCGACUUCACUGGGAUCUGAGGGGGAGGAUGAGGUGGGCCUGUGGAGCCUGGAGCCGCAGGACUGCCAGGAGAGCCUGGACAAGACGAGCCUGACGCCCAGCGAGGGGACGGAGGAGCCCGGCAGCCCCGCUCGCUCCACGCGCCCGCACAGCCUCAGCCCCGGCGCCAGGAACUACUGGGUGCAGGUGGAGCCGGAUGCCGAAGCGGCUGAGGACGGCAUCACUGCAUCCACCACUGACCAGGAUGGAGACCAUGAAACAUUGAGGAUGUACUGUAAGAACUCAGACUCCCAGAAUACCUUUGAGGACCUGGCUCACUAUGAAUUCUUGGCCCAGUUGAAGAGGGCCUCUACCUCCGCCAGUCUCUUGGACCAUCUGAGCCACAAUGGCACAGCUGCCGCGUACCACCAGGGCAGCAGGCACGACGACCUGCCGCCCGCUAUCUGGUCACCAGGAGCUCAGCACAGUUCACCUGAGGGAGCAGAUGCAGCGCGGAACCAGCAGGUUUGUCCGUUCUGCCACAGGAUGUAUCAGCGAGGAGCCACUUUGAGGGAGCACCUCAAGUACUGUCAGGAGAGGGAGGGGGGGCACAUGGUGUGUCCACUCUGUGGAUACACUGCCCCCCAUAGGGCACAGAUGGAGCAGCACCUGGCACUUCACAAUCAAAUGCAGGACAAGAGUCCCAUCAUGCUUGAUCAAGGCAUGGAGACCAGGAAGUUCAAAUGUAUGCAGUGUGGCAAAGCGUUCAAGUACAAACACCACCUCAAAGAGCAUCUCCGCAUCCACAGUGGUGAGAAACCUUAUGAGUGCUCCAACUGCAAGAAACGUUUCUCUCAUUCUGGCUCAUACAGCUCCCACUUAAGCAGCAAAAAGUGCCACAGCGGUGGAGGGAAUGGAGGGGGACAUACAGGAGGAGCCAGCGGGGCUUUUAAUGGACACAACCAAAGCCCCUACCACCCCUCAUAUCUCCAGUCUCCCUCUGCAGGCAGGGGGAGAAACAGCAACGACAACGGCUCUCCUUUGUCUUCACAGAGCCAAGAUAAUUCCAGGUCUCUGGGCCGAGUACCAGAAGAUCCUCAUCAGCUUUUGCUGCAAGACCUUAACCAGAACCCUGCAGCCUUCGCCAAAGCUUUGGAUCUGGCUCGGUUCUGGGACCCCUCGGCAGAGCUGUCCCUGAGGGCCAGUAUCCUAAAAGGGACCACCCUAUUGCCUUAUCCUUACUCUGGGACCAAAUUUGAGGAGAUGCUGCAGGAGGUGCUUCACAGGGAGGUGAAGAAAAAUGAGGAGAUGGAAAGAGAAGGAGGCGCUGCAGCGGAGGAAAGGAGGGUGACUCACAAUGGAGGAGGGCUUGAGAGACAAAUGUCCCCUGACAGAAGGAGGGAGUCAGGGGAAGGGGAGAGAUGCGUGCUUGGGGUGACGUGUCGCUGGUGCUCCCAGCUUUUCCCCAAUGUGGCAGUGCUCCUGCAGCACGAGCGCUACCUCUGCAAGAUGAAUCCUGAGGCAAUGGAGGUGCCCGAGGGUCUUCGCGGCAAAGACCAUUCCUCGCCACCUUUGUUUUUCCCCAGAUCUGCUCUCCAACUAGACAACAGCAAACCAGGUGAGGUCCCCAAUGGUCUCUGUGGCAACAAGUCACCAUUGCACAAGCCCAGCUGGCACUCUGUACCGCAGCAGCUUUUGGUCGCAAUGCACUCUCCCACAUCGUCCCACCAUGAUACCCUGUCCGCGCGGGCGUUUUGGUCCAGCCAGGAAAAGGGAAGCCCAAGCCAACCAAUCAACCACUCCCCAGAUCUGUCUUCACCCAGAGCCAGAAGAAGAGUUCCCUCGUCAGGAUUCAGUUCUCCUGUCUGCCUCGACCUCACCAACUUCCCUCCUGAAAUCUCCUCACCUCAGAACCAGACUAGAAGCCCCUGGUCCGCACAGAACGAACCUCUGGACCUCUCCCUGCCCAAGCAGCUCUCAGACCAAGAGGGGAGAAACAAAACUGUUAACGGCAGCUCAGCCAGAGGCGAGAAGAGAGAGCUUGGGGCCCAGCAGCAGCUGAAGAGACUAAUGUCCAACUUAAGUCCGACUUCACAUCUACCCUUACACUACCACCACCCGGUCUACAGCGGGGCCAGAACUCCUGUGUUUCCAGGGUCCUUAUACAAUGGUUUUCCUAUCAUCAACCAGUCUGGUUUGGGGCUCUCAGGACAUGAUGCCAUCUCACAGAUUCCAUUCAGUCAGCCAGCUAAUAGCGCUGGGUUUCUCUCUCCUAUGGCCUACAUGAUGGAGGCGGACGCAGAGGCCACGCUGAAAAAGAUCCACCAGGAGAGACAAGCUCUGAUGGGUGAGGUGUUAAGCCGCGGAGCACUGGACUAUCUCUCUCUAAUGGAUGAAAGUCUGGAGGGAGAGGGUGGACCCGGGAGGAAGAGGCUAAAGAAGACAGAAGAGGGGAUGUAUGCUUGUGACAUUUGUGAAAAAACCUUCCAGAAGAGCAGCUCGCUGCUUCGACACAAAUAUGAGCACACAGGCAAACGUCCUCACGAGUGCAAGAUCUGCAACAAGGCCUUCAAGCACAAGCACCAUCUGAUCGAGCACAGCCGGCUGCACUCUGGAGAGAAACCAUACCAAUGUGACAAAUGCGGCAAGCGCUUCUCUCACUCCGGCUCUUACUCCCAGCACAUGAACCACCGCUACGCUUACUGCAGCAAAGACCAGGAUCCCGACCAAGACCCCGAGGAGAUGCCUUUCGGCCCGGGGGCAGGCGGUAUUCUCGCGGGUCGGCUGGCUGACGACAACCCUUUGUCCCUGGAGGACACUCAAACACCGCACUCUUUCCUCAGCGAUUCCAGUCUGGACGGGGCUCCAGAGGGACUCAAAGAGGAGGAGGAAGAGAGAGAGGCAGGGGUUAGUGAUGGUCAUGUGGAAGAGGCACAUGAGAGUGUGUCAGGAGAGCUUUUGGAAGGUCGACCCGUCCAGGAUUCACCAACGAGGGAGCACAGAGAGCAACAUGAGAGAAACGGCUGCGACGUGGGAAACAAUACAGACAGUCACGCGUGGGAACGGGGCACUGAGGACCAGAGUGGAGACUUGGACAAAUAUGAACUAAACCUGGAUAUAACAGAUUUACCCAGGAUAAAGACUUAAGGUGACUUCCACAAGCCAAAACAAUGCAUAUACUGUAUAUAUAAAAUACUUUUGAUAAUUUUUUUUAUCUAUCAUAUAAAUAUAUAUAACAGCUCCUCUGAUUUCUUUAAUUUCACAUCAUGAUAAAAUGCACAAACCUGCCAAUGCGUACGUGGCCUUAAAGAGGAUCAAGCCAUACAAACAAAAUACAUGUGCCAAUAUUUUAACAUGUGAAAUAGACUUGAUGUACCUUGUUGUAUUUUAUACUUGUAUUUUAUUGUAUUUUUCCAGGACAGCAACAUUUUUUACUUAUCGGCGGUUGUGUCACAUAUCCAGAUGUGGUUUUGCAGAUUUCUAACUUUUCAUUUGCUUGCUGCUGCUGCUGAAUGCUGCACAACCCCUAAACCAGAAGCUUUUGUUUUUUACUCUUUUUUUACUCUUUUUUUACAUUGUUUGAAACAUUCCGACUGUUCACAUUGUAGAUGCAUACCAGUGAGUGGGGCCCUGAAGGAAUUGUCUGUAUGAUUGAUUGCAGGAUGGAGGGACAUCUAUUAUUAUGUUAAAAUGCCAUCGAGGCCAGAGGUCAAAGGUUACAGAUGCAGCCAAAUCAACACAAUCACCUGAUGCCUAGUUAGUAUAUUUAUUCCUCCUCAUAAGUCCAAGAAAAAGAUCACCUUUGAUUAUCCUGUGGUGCAUUUCAUUACAAAUCUUUACCUCUAUUUUAAGAAAUAGCAAUAACUGUAACGCUUUUACUUUGUCCUAAAACCAGUGAGCGCUUUACAGUUUACAAUUUACCAUUAUUGUUGCAAGGACUUAUGCCAUUAAUGCUGUGAAAUCAAAAAAGGUAAAACCAACUCAUCUCUUCAGGGUAACUAUGGAUUCUCAGUGGCUUUAAUUAAUCAGCAAUAUAUUAAGUGUUUAGAGUGAGCAGUAAAAACAGGAAGAAGUUGAAAGCAGCGGGUUUUUUUAUUUUUAUUUUAAGAAGAAACGUGGACUGCACCUUUUUAAUUUCAGUCUGAAGUUAUAGGGGGGAGGUCUUCUGGGUUUUUAUUGUGAGGGAGUAAAUUAAACUUUGUACUUUUCUCACUGUUUGUGUAAUAACCACACGGAGCUGCUUUAUUUUAUCUAAAGAUACAAAGUCUCGUCUUAUUCGCAAUGACUUACAUGUGCCGCAGCCUGUCAGGAACAAGAAGGUGUCACACGUUCAGGGUGUCCGUUGAGAUGUGGCAAGAGGGUCAAGACUCAGGACUCAUGCACACGUCGGUUUUUUACUUCCCACUUCCUCUUUCUGACUGCAGUGUAGUCAACGUGAAAAGUGCCUCGGAUGCACUCAGCCUCUGUGAGUGAUCCGACAGAGCCUUGGUACAACAAGAUAAGAUGGUGGUGCACGAGGUGUGACUAAGCUUGUGGGCCUUCAUGCAUCAGAGCAUCAGUGUGUGUGUGUUUUUGUGUUUCUCACCACAGAUAUGCAUAUGUGCCACGUCAACUGUCACCUUGUAUUGCCUUACCUGUUACUUCUGUGUCUUAAAUAGGCAUAUAUAUAAAAAAAGUGUUGCCUGGUUUCACUCAGUGUCUGCAGACUUUUAAUAUUGAGCAGUAUUUUUAAAUUUUUUACUUGCACAGAUGCAACUUUUGUAUUAACUUUUUAUACUUAUUUUUUGUUUGCAUGUUUGUGGAUAUUUGUAAUAAAAUUUGACAUGUUUUA